AUGGCACCCAAAAAGAGCAAGGCGACCAAAAAGAGUAAAGGAGACAUAAAUGAAAUUACUAUAAUGGUCGAGGACAGCCCCAUCAACAAGAUCAACGGGCUAAACACUCUGUUGGAAGGAGGAAAUGGCUUCAACUGCAUUUCAACUGAAGUCACUGAUUCUGUGUAUGCCCCAAACCUGCUAGAGGGAUUGGACAACAUGAGGCAGGACAGCUUCCUCUGCGAUCUAACAGUCGCCACCAAGUCAAAGUCAUUUGAUGUCCACAAGGUUGUCAUGGCCUCCUGCAGCGAGUACAUUCGGAACAUCUUGAAGAAGGAUUCGUCCCUCCAGAAGAUCGACCUGAACGACCUCUCACCGGUCGGCCUCGCCACAGCCAUUACAUAUGCAUACUCUGGAAAGCUGACCCUGUCGCUGUACAGCAUCGGUAGCACCAUCGCCGCGGCCAUGCUGCUGCAGAUUGGCACCUUAGUGAAGAUGUGCAGUGAUUUCCUCAUGCAGGAGCUCAGCGUGGAGAACUGCAUGUAUGUGGCCAACAUCGCUGAUGCCUACGACCUUAAAGAAACCAAGCAGGCAGGUCAGAAGUUCAUGCGGGAGAACUUCAUCGAGUUCUCUGAGAUGGAGCAGUUCCUGAAGCUCACCUAUGAGCAGAUCAGCGAUUUCCUCUCGGAUGAUUCUCUGCAGCUUCCCUCCGAGGUCACGGCCUUCCAGAUCGCCAUGAAGUGGUUGGACUUUGACGAGAAGAGGUUGAAGUACGCGGCGGAUCUCCUAACUCACAUCCGCUUCGGCACCAUCUCUGCCCAAGACCUGGUGAAUCAUGUCCAGAAUGCGCCCAGAAUGAUGAAAGACCCUGAGUGCCACCGUCUCCUCGUUGAUGCCAUGAAUUACCAUCUGCUGCCCUACCAACAGAACAUCCUCCAGUCACGCAGAACAAAGGUGCGCGGUGGCAUCAGGGUGAUAUUCACCGUCGGUGGACGCCCUGCCCUGACGGAGAAAUCACUCAGCAAAGACGUCCUCUACAGAGAUGCAGAUAACAUGUGGAAUAAGUUGACAGAAAUGCCAGCAAAGAGCUUCAAUCAGUGUGUGGCAGUCUUGGAUGGCUUCCUGUACGUGGCAGGUGGUGAGGACCAGAAUGACGCAAGGAACCAGGCUAAACAUGCUGUCAGCAACUUCUGCAGAUUCGACCCGCGCUUCAACACUUGGAUUCACUUGAGCAACAUGAUCCAGAAGCGCACACACUUCAGCCUCAACAUCUUCAACGGCCUCCUGUUUGCCAUCGGUGGGCGAAAUGGUGACGGGGUUCAGGCCUCUGUGGAGUGCUACGUGCCCUCAUCCAACCAGUGGCAGAUGAAAGCUCCAAUGGAGGUGCCCCGCUGCUGUCACGGCAGCUCCCUCAUCGAUGGAAAGAUCCUCGUAUCCGGAGGUUACAUCAACAACACCUACUCCAGGGCCGUGUGCUCGUAUGACCCCUCCACCGACACCUGGCAGGAUAAGACCAGUCUGAGCACACCUCGAGGCUGGCACUGCGCCGCCACCGUGGGAGACCGAGCCUAUGUCUUCGGGGGCAGCCAGUUGGGAGGUCGCGGGGAGAGGGUGGAUGUCCUCGCUGUCGAGUCUUACAACCCAAACAGCGGCCAGUGGAGCUACUGCACGCCUCUCAAAACAGGAGUGAGCACGGCUGGUAUUUCCAGUUUGAACAACAAGGUCUAUCUUCUCGGAGGCUGGAACGAGGGAGAGAAGAAGUACAAGAAAUGCAUUCAGGUUUACAACCCUGACCUCAAUGAAUGGACUGAGGAUGAUGAAUUGCCGGAAGCAACAGUCGGCAUUUCAUGCUGUGUUGCCACCAUACCCACACGGAAAACACGAGAGUCCAGAGCCAGCUCAGUGUCUUCUGCGCCAGUCAGUAUAUAA